AUGUGGGCCAGCAUGCGGACUGUGUGGAUUUGCUCGCUCUUUUGCGCCUAUGUGCUGGCUGCUGCUACAAACUCGAUGGCGCCUAUUACAAAGCCUACGACGUCCAACAACGGCCAGUCAGCAUGUGUCCAGUACGGCGACUGCACAAAAGGAGCCAAUCCAGCCAAAACAGAAUCAUACAGUUCGGCUAUCAGGCCGCCACCGUCGCACAGUGUGCCAUACCUAAGUAACGCACAGGACUCUUCUAGUUACAAGGCCUCCGUCGCGGCGGCUGGUGCAAGUGCUGCGUAUGACCCAAAGAACAAUCGCGGUAGCUCCACGGCUGUGCCGCCACCUACUACGGUCAGGUUCGACACAUCGGUCUUGUCCUCUGGGAGCGUUCGUGUAACCAAAUCGCAUAUGGAUGGAAGCUCCGCGACAGCAUGGGGCCCUGCAGGAUCGGCACUAGCCACCUUAGCCACUCUUGUUUUCAUAGCAGCCACGGCACUCUAG